AAUAAAAUAAAAUAAAAAAGUCGUCGCUAAAAGUUGGGUUUCCCAUGGAACACUACUUGCCGAACUCGACAUGCCUCUUCCCCUCCGCCUCCGCCUCCGCCUCCAUCCCUUUCCUCCUCCUCCUCAUCGCACUAUUCACCGGCGCCGUGGUGGUGGCAGCCACCAGAAAGAGCAAAACCUCUCCGCCACCUCAUAACCUGCCUCCGGGGCCAUGGAAGCUCCCGAUCAUAGGAAACCUCCACCAACUGGCGGGUCCGGUGCCGACCCACCGCCGCCUCCGAGACAUGGCCAAGGACCACGGCCCCGUGAUGCGGCUCCAGCUCGGGGAGCUGCCGCACGUCAUCGUCUCCUCCGCGGCAGCGGCCAAGGACGUCUUGAAAACCCACGACGCGGCUCUCGCUUCCAGGCCGUACCUUCUGGCCGCCGACAUCCUCUUCUACGGCCGCAAGGGGAUAACCUUCACCCCUUCCGGCGAGUACUGGCGCCGGAUGCGCAAGAUCUGCACCGCCGAGCUGCUCAGCACCAGGCGCGUCCUCUCUUAUCGUUCGAUAAGAGAGGACGAGCUGUCCGGCAGCCUGGUGCAGCGCAUCUCGACUUCAGCUGGCCGAGUUGUCAACUUGGGAGAGACCCUUUUCUGGGUCUCGAACCGCGUGAUUGCCAGGUCAGCUUUCGGCGUGGUUAAGGAGAAUGCGGAAUCGUUUAUGGACGUGGUGAACAGUAUUUCUGACCAGUUGGGUGGUUUGGCCGUCUCCGAUUUGUACCCUUCCGUCAAAUUUCUCCCUGCGUUGACCGGAUUCAGAGCGGAGCUCACCCGCCUGCAUCGAGAAGCCGACGGUUUGCUGGAGGAGAUAAUCAACGAGCACAAGGAGAAAAGAAGACAACUCAACAAGGGAGAAUAUUCUUGUGAACAAGUAGAUUCAACGGAGAAUCUUGUUGACGUUCUCCUGGAUCUCCAAGAAAAUUGUACUGACGUGGAGUCUCCAUUGACCAUUGACAACAUCAAAGCAGUCGCUACAGAAUUGCUCCUGGCAGGCAGCGGAACCUCGCCGGUGACAAUAGAGUGGACCAUGUCAGAAAUUAUGAGCAAUCCAAGAGUAUUAGCAAAAGUGCAGGAAGAAGUUCGUCGCGCCUUCCGUGGGAAAGGGAAAGUCGGCGAAGAAGGGUUGGAUGAGUUGGUGUACUUGGAUGCAGUCAUCAAGGAGGCCUUGAGACUGCACCCUGAUGGUCCUUUGCUAGCUCCGAGAGAAAGUCAAGAAGAUGUGGUUGUUGGUGGGUACCUGGUCCCCGCCAGAACCAAAGUCAUGGUCAACGUUUGGGCGAUUGGGCGAGACAAAAGCUCUUGGGAUGAUGCCGAUACGUUUUACCCGGAGAGAUUCUUUGAUUGUGCGGUGGACUACAAGGGGAAGGAUUUCGAGUUCCUUCCGUUUGGGGCAGGAAGGAGAAUGUGUGCUGGAAUUUCAUUUGGAAUGGGUAUUGUUAAACUCGGACUAGCGAAUUUGCUCUAUCAUUUUGACUGGGAACUCCCAGCCGGAAUGAAGUCGAGCGAUCUAGACAUGACGGAGCGUUUUGGGCUUACCUUACGCAGAAACUGUCCGUUGUGUUUGAUCCCAAUUGCAUACAAUUCCGUAUCAUGACUUUCUUUGUAUUAGCUUACUAGGUAUGAAAUAAGUUUAUCAACUUCUUUACGCUUGGAUCAGGUGACUGAUCCUAUAGCUUGGCUUGCUUGUCCUCUCACUGCAGGGAUUUAAUUUGCGCUUGAUUUUCGUUGUUAAUUGUGUGAUACGAAUAAUUAGACUUAUUUGUUUGGCAACCUUGUGGCUUGUGGU